AUGGUUCUUGGGACUGAGUUCCAUCCCCACAGCAAUACCCCAUCGCUUUUCCAGUUGCAAGAAGAAUUUGGUCAGUGUGCUACUGCUACAAUGGCCCCUGAUCCACACCCAUGGUGCCCAUUUAUCAAGGAGGGUGACUACUUGUUUGCUGAAAUAGCAUUGCAAGCAGGCCUCAACGUGUUGCAGAUCAAUGGGCUGCUUUCCCUCAUUUCACUCAUUGUCCAAGGAAAGGCAAAUAACUUAACAUUCGCAGUUUAUGCACAUUUGUUAUGGGAGUGGGCUCUUGAUCUCUUAUCGAACCCCCUCCUUGCACCUCACUUCAUCUGGGAUGCCCAACGGGUCUUCCAACAUAAUGGCCAUGAGUAUGAGAGAUUCUACUCAGAACCAUGGACUGGUGAUCGCUGGUGGGACAUUCAACUUGUUGUGGAAAUCUGCCCACUGAACAUCAGGAAUGGAGAGCGCUUUGGUGGUGGAUGUGUCAUCGGCUGGUUGCCUAUUGUUCCCGAGUCUGCCAAAGAAGAGGGGAAGACCAGCUACACCAAUUACAAACACAUUAUUUGGCAUGAAGCAUUCCUUUGUAUCAUUGAUAGACUUGCCGAACUCUCAAAGCUAGGAUACAAAUAUGAGUGCUAUGACAAGAUCACUUGGCAGCUCUUUCCCUUGAUUCUCAUCUUAUCUGCUGAUUAUGAAGAACAAUGCAUGAUGAGCCUAAUUCGAGGCACGAAGAGUAAAUGUCCAUGCCCAGCUUGUUUGGUUCCCCUUGAGGAUUUAUCCCAGCUUGCCAAAUCAUUUCCAACGUGUACCAUAAGACAGGCAAAAGAAGCCCUUGCCAUCUAUCAGGAAAAGAAGUCAGCCAGUGAACUGAUCCUCAAAGCCCUCAGGCUUUGGCUGGUUGUGAACGUUUUCUGGAAGGUUGAGAACUCGGAGCCGGAGGAAGCUGUGAGCUUCGACUGCCUCCAUGCUCUGCAUGAUGGUCUUUUUGGGCACCACUUACUCGAAGAACUCAAGAUUCUUUUAAGCAAAUUACUGUGUAAGCUUGCAGCAUUUCCAAGCUGGCAAGGUUUGGCGCACUUCAAUGGCAUCCUACAUCAAACCUUCUACACUGCUUUGAAUAUUCUGACAAACGAUGUAAGCCGUGAAGGCUACCAGCUCCUAUGGAUGCUCCACAGCUACUUAGAAUUGGACAGUCUCAUUGGGCUGGACAUGCACACUGACAAGACCCUUGAAUUGAUAGAGGGAGCAGUUGCAGAACACCUCAAAAUGGACUGGAAUUUUCCAAAGGUCCAUCUUUGGAAACAUGUCAUGCAGGACAUUCAGAAUAAAGGAGCAGCCCGUAACUACAGCACUCGGCCCAACGAGAAAAUGCACGGCUCACUUAAAGAUGCAUAUCAGGACUGCUCAAAUGGUAAGGAUGUUGCUGUUCAGGUCCUUCAUGUUGACCACCACCACUUAGCCAUGAAACUAAUUAGGAACCAGGUGGAUGCUGAAGCUAAUCAUACACAGCAAGAUUGUGAUGACGAUGAUAUUGACAGCAGGGGCGAUGAGGAUGUCCUCAUGAGUUUCAGCAAGCACGUUAAGCUCGGUUCACUGCAGUCACCGAAGAGCAUUCAAUUGAUCAUUCAUGAUCAUGCUUCACAGCAAGAAUUCCAAGGUUUCCAUCAGAAGUUUACUCAGUUCGUCAAUCAGUGCCUUCCUAUCUACCUCAAUUGCGACCAGAAUUCUUGGAAAAAUAUCUCGUUUGCUGAAACGUUCCAGGAACAUGCUUACCUCAAGGUCAAUUACGAAUCAAGGAUGGACUGGCGGCAAGCUACCGACUACCUAUGGUGCAACCCUUCGUUCCAUGGCAAGCCUUGUUAUGACACUGUCCUCUUUCAGCUUUCACAUAGUGAGAUUGCUUUUGCUCGCUUGGUAUUCAUGUUUUCGUGCAAUAUUCCUGACUUCAGCACCUAUCAAUUUGCUCUCAUUCACCCCUAUACAGCCAACAUCAAUGCGGCUCACAGCUCCUUCAACAAUGCCUUCAGGCUCAUGUGCAUUAAAGCAUGUCCCCACACAGUGUCGAUAUUCAUCCAUUAG